UGGAGGUUUGUCUGUCUCUUACCAGCUGCAUUGAGACAAUGGUGUUGGUGGUCAUAUGCUUCAUGUUAGUGCUGCAACAAGCUGCAGGAAUGUCAGAUAUCUCAGUUUCCUCUUUAUCAACCCGUCAUCUAUCAAUCCAAAUGGAGAUUGUUAAUACACACAAUGACAUGAGAAGGAUGGUGAAGCCCACUGCUUCCAACAUGCUUAAAAUGAUGUGGAAUCAUGAAGCUGCAAAGAAUGCUGAAAAGUGGGCAAAAAAGUGCACCCUGACUCACAGUUCUUCCUCCAAACGAAAAAUUAGCUUUGCUGGCUGUGGGGAGAAUAUACUCAUGUCCAGUCGUAUCAAAUCUUGGCCAGAUGUAAUCCAAUAUUUUUACGAGGAACUUAAAUAUUUUAAAUAUGGAUUUGGACGUACUCGAGCAAAUGUUAAAAUUGGCCAUUACACCCAGCUUGUUUGGCCCACUUCCCACCAGCUCGGCUGUGCAUUAGCCUACUGUCCUCACAAGACUUUAAAGUAUUUCUAUGUUUGCCAGUAUUGCCCCGGGGGAAACUAUGUGAAAAGAAUGAAUACCCCAUAUAAAAAAGGAGAACCAUGUGGAGACUGCCCUCAUCAUUGUGAUAAUGGGCUUUGCACCAAUCCCUGCAUGCAUGUGAAUAAGUACUCAAAUUGUGACGACUUGGUCGGAAAACACGGCUGUGCUACAAAAGACAUGAUGGAAAGCUGCCCUGCCACCUGCAAAUGCCCCACAGAAAUAAGAUAG